UUUACAGCCUCGUUCUGAGUUUAUGACCUUCAGACCCGCAGACAGAAGGUCCAGCAGGUCCAGCAGGUCCUCGGGUCGGUCUGUUUUCUCAGGUGCACUGAAGCGGGUUUGAAGGUAAAUAUUCUGUUUUCCAUCCUGAAAAGGUUUUCGGUUGUUUGCUCGGAGGUAAAGAGGCGGAAAAGUGAGGAGGAUCUGAACUGGUUUCCAUGUCAAACACUUCAAUUCACCAUAGAAACUCAGAUCUUAACGCGGAAACUUUAUUAAACUGUGAUGGCGGAUUGAUAAGGCCGAAUUUCGAUCGGCCUCUUUUUAUUGUGGGCAGCAGCCGAGCUGACAGAGGUAAAUUGCUCUUUUAAUUAAAGCAAUGCAGCAGGGGAAAUUGCUGUCUGAAUAUUGUCUCAGAGAUGGGGGCCACUGACAGUUGCCUGGAAACUUCAAUCUGUCCUCCCGCAUUUAUUCCAGAUCCCAGUUAUGAGAUAAAGUUUAAUAAAAAUCUUCCACCAACGAAAUGAAAUCCAAGUCUUUGUGAACGAGUGAACAGAAUGAGACAGGACAGCGGAGGAGGACAGCUCAUGUUCAACAUGUACCUCUCAGGUUAGACCCACAGAAAAACACACACUCUUCUUUAACUCCUUUAUUCUGUGGAUUAUUAGAGAAGAAGGUGUGGAGCUGUGGGGGGUCCUGAGGCGGGGGGGCUCCGGCUUUGUUCGGCUUCAAUCUCAGCCCGUCUCUGCUCUUUUGUCGGAAAUCGGAAAUCCUUUUUCCUGGACGCGUUUCCUGGUUUUUCCGGAGAGGAGAGCGCAGAGAAGACCCCUUUGUGCUCCUGACUGAGACCGGACCAGGACCAGAACACGAUCACGAUCCAGAACCAGAAUUUUAGCCUCAGAUUUUUAUUUUUUUUCAACAUUUAACGAAGCUUUUAAAAAAAGAGCGUUUUUACAAAGAGCGUUUUUACAGCUGCUGAUGGACCUUCUCUGAAAACCAAAACAGGAACUUUUCUGUAUUUCUGUUUAAUUUCUGCUCUUCUGAAAUAAAUCACUUCAGUCUGAGUUUGUUAGUCAGAGGAUAAAACAUUUAAAAAAAGAGGAAAACAGAAUCAGAGGAGCUCUGAUAUAAAUUUGUGACAUGUCUCUAAUAAUGUGCUGUAGACUGUGGGGCUGUUUUAUACAGAAGUACAUUAUAAAUGUUGUUUACAGUGUUUUUCUGCGUGUUUUCAGACCCCACGGAGAACCUGUUGAAGGACAGUAAAGGAGCCUCGUGGACUCCGAUCAACACAGGAGUCCAGAAAGGUAAGAGACCGGAACCACCAGAAUCCUGCAGCACAAAUCUAUUUAAUAUUUAAAUGAAUUAAUAAAUGAGGUCGAUAUUAAAUCUAAACAUCAUAUUUAUCCAGAGAAAUUUCUUUAUUAAGACAUUUAUAUUAUUUUUACAGUCAUCGAAGCCUCUAAUAAUAUUUACUGGAUUUUAAUAACAAAUUAAUUUAAGAUCAAUUCUUCAGAAAUUAUUUUCAUAUCGAUGAUCUGAAUGUCUGAGAGCUUCAAUAAAGAUUAUUACAGUUUUUAUCAGUAUCUCUGACAAAGGUUUGAUUUAUCAGAAACACACAAACACACACACACAUAUAUAUAUAUCCUUUAUUCUCAUUACUAUCUAAAUUGUAGAUUCUCACUGAAGGAUCAAAAUUAUAAAUGAACACAUGAGGAAUCAUGAAGAAAAUCACGAGGUUAUUUAGAAGAAACUAGAAUAUAAAACAUGUUUUCAGUUAUUUCACACUUUCAUAUAUAUAUAUAUAUAUAUAUAUAUAUAUAUAUAUAUAUAUAUAUAUAUAUAUAUAUGGGUGUGUGAUAAUUAAAAAUGUAACAGAGAUGUCAAAUAUCAACAGAUCUAAAUAAAAACAGGCUCAUAAAAAAUCGACAAAUGUCAGAAUGGCCUGUAGAUGAUCAAUAAUUCGGAUAUUUUAAUGAUUAAUUCCCUUCAUAUAAAUCUAAAUAGAGACCGAAUCCGUGAAUCCGUGAAUCUCCUCCGUGACUGAAUGAUUUUCUGUGUUUUAUAUGAAAUUUAAGGAAAAUUUUUCUUUAGUGUAAAAUUGAAAUAUUGAAUGAAAAUGAUUUGAUGUUUGUUAAUAUUUGAUCUGAUGGUUAACACACACACACACACACACACACACACACACACACACACACACACACACACACACACACACACACCCUUGUUGCUCCUCUGCAGGCAGCGGUCAGAUCCAGCUGUGGCAGUUCCUCCUGGAGCUCCUCUCCGACAGCUCCAACAUGUCCUGUAUCGCCUGGGAAGGAACCAACGGGGAGUUCAAGCUCAUCGACCCGGACGAGGUGGCCCGGCGCUGGGGGGAACGGAAGAGCAAACCCAACAUGAACUACGACAAGCUGAGCCGGGCUCUGCGGUACUACUACGACAAGAACAUCAUGACCAAAGUCCACGGGAAGCGCUACGCCUACAAGUUCGACUUCCACGGCCUGGCGCAGGUGUGUCAGCCCACCACCACGGAGCAGGCCCUCUACAAGUUCCAGGGGAACUUCUCCCCGAUCCCUUUCUCCGGGAUCUCCAAACUGAACCUGGUCACUCCCGGGGUGGGCCCGUCCGGAUUCUCCUACUGGCCCGGUUCUCCUCCGGCGGCCCUGUAUCACAGUCACAACCUGCAGCCUUCGGGACCGUUCGGUACCGUGUCCCCGUCCCACAUCAGCUGUGUCAACAACAUCAACAGUCUGAGCAACAUCAACGGACACUACAACUGACGGUAACCGACAUUAAACUGACUGAGAACGUCUGUGAGAGGAACCGGAGAAACUGGAGAGACAUGAAGAGACACGAAGACAUGAAGAGACAUGAAGAGACCCCACAGACCCCACAGACCCACAGACCCGGACCCGGAGCAGAGAGCAGACUGAGAUCAGAGUUAGUGAGUAAAAUUAAAACCUUCAUUUUCUCUGAAGAUUUUACAAAAUCUAGAUUUUGACAAAGAGAGGAUUUUUUUUCUUUCUGCAGGUUUAAAAAAAGGUUUUUAUUCAUUAUUAUUAAUUAUUGAUUUAUGAUCAGUCUGUUAUUUAUUUAUUAUCAGUUUUUAAAGAUUUCAACAUUUUAGACAAACGCGCUGAAAAAUGACCGGAGAGGACCACAGAGUAAUUAAUCAAUAACUCAUCAAUAACUCAUCAGUAAUCUGAUCAAUAAUCUGAUCAAUAAUUUGAUCAUUGUCAGAUCUCUGUGUUUGUAGGUGAGGGGGGGUAAACAAACACAUUAAUAACCGUGAUCUUCAUCAUCUCCUCCUCUUCCUCCUCUGCAGGGAUUUUUUUUUUUAAUUAGAGAAAAUAAAAAUUUUGAGUUUUUUUUUUUUUUUUUAAGGUUCAUAAAAGUUUAGAGUUUAUUUUUUAAUAACAGAUCAGUGAUCAGUGACAGCAGACCUAAAUGGACCAAUGGCGCCACCUCGUGGUUUUGGAGAGUCCUGAAUCCAGUUCGUCUCGUUUGUUUGUGUUAAAUCUGUUGUUGUGGUUUUUAUUGUUCCUCGAUGUGCCGUUUCCGUGGCUGUUUGAUAGAAAAUGUCUGUAAUUUAAUCAAACUUUACUCUCCUGCAAUAAAAUGAGAACCUGGUCCCUCUGAACUGGUUUCCCUCUGAACUGGUUUCCCUCUGAACUGGUUUCCCUCAGACGGACCAGGUUUUAAUUUGUGUGAGAAUUAGGAUGUGAAGUAGAAAGAGUGAGGCUGGAACAACUGUGUGUGUGUGUUUGUUUGUUUGUCUGGAUGGGAAGGAUUAAAUUCCUUCAUUUGAUUCAAACUUCAAUAAAGAAAUAAUUUGAUUGAA